UAGUUCUUCCUGUGCUUCUGUACAAGGAAUAUAAAUUAGACCAGAACAAAUCUCUCUUCACUGACCUUGAACCAGCUUUAUUUAACAAAUCAGCACAAGUGAUCUAGCCCUCUGCUUGUGAAGCUCUACAUGAGUAACAGCAAGCAAGUUUUCACAAGUUGACGGACAAAGGUGGACACUCCAGAUCGCGCAUGUUUAAACAGUUGAAAGGAUGAAGACCGCAAUGAAUAAUGUAAUACUUAUGGCUAUUCCCUGGGCUCUGUCACUGUGCCACUUUUCAUUUACCAGUGCAGCAUUGAACUGGGAAGUUCAACGAUAUGAUGGAUGGUAUAAUAAUCUAGCACAUCACAGCAGGGGUACUGUAGAUGUACCCUUUGUACGUUUGCUACCGGCCAAUUAUGCUGACGGAGUUCUGGAAGCUAUACAAGAACCAGAGUUACCAAAUCCCCGGAACAUCAGCAAUGUAGCAAUGCAGGGAAUGUCGGGAAUACCAUGUGACAAAAACAGAACUGUGCUAUUUGUCUACUUUGGGUUUCAUGUCAUUGAUGAAAUUUUGGAAACAACUGGGUCCGGUUGUCCUGCUGAAUUCCUGAACAUUCAGAUUCCUUGUGGAGACCCGACUUUUGAUCCUAACUGCACUGGGAAUGUGCAGCUCCCAUUCCAGCGUGGUCGCUGGACAACGAGCUCAGGACAAAGUCCCAACAACCCCCGAUUGCAGGUAAACCAUGUUACUACGUGGAUUGAUGGGAGCUCCAUCUAUGGGUCAUCCCAUUCUUGGAGUGAUACCCUGCGUACUUUUUCUGAUGGGCUUUUGGAUUCUUCUCUAGACGGUCUGUUACCAAGGCCAAGUACUGGCUUGAUUCGUUUGUGGAAGCUGGCAGACCCGGUAACCAAACAAACUGGACUUCAGGGACUUUAUGAUUUUGGAAAUGCGCGAGCAAAUGAAAGUCCCUUUCUCCAAGCGGAAAGCAUCAUCUGGUUGCGAUAUCACAAUUACUGGGCACGCAAGUUUAAAGCUGAGAAGCCCAGCUCUUCUGAUGAAGAGUUGUUCCAGAGAGCUCGGAAGCGUGUCAUUGCCAUUUUCCAGAAUAUUGUGUUUUAUGAGUGGCUGCCAGCCUUCAUUGGACAGAAUGGAAGCCGUUAUGAAGGCUAUAAGAAGCAAGUCGAUCCUGGUAUCUCGCCUGAAUUUCAGUCAGCUGCUAUCCGAAUAAUCAACUCCUUGGUUCCACCAGGUGUCUACAUGAGGAGCAAAGACUGCCAGUUUCGUAAAUUUUCAAGUAUUAUUGGGGAAAACCCAGCACUUCGAGUGUGUAACAACUUCUGGAAUAGAGAGAACCGACAUUUCAAAGAACCACAGAAGUUCGAUGAGUUAAUUCUGGGGAUGGCUUCGCAAAUAGCAGAACGAGAAGACAACAUUGUGGUGUCAGACCUACGAGACUUCAUGUAUGGGCCACUGAGGUUCACAAGAUCAGACUUGGUGGCUCUUGACAUCCAACGGGGGAGAGACAGUGGCCUUCCAAGUUACAAUCAAGCACGAAAAAUGUUAGAUCUCCAACCAGUUACUAACUGGUCAAGCAUCAACCCUCAACUCCACAAUGAAAAUCCAGAGCUCUUUGACAAGUUAGCAGCAAUGUACAAUAAUGACAUUUCCAAACUGGAGUUGCUGGUCGGAGUCUUUCUGGAGAGUGUUGGGGACUCUAACAGACUCUUUCCCAUGCUUAUAAAAGAACAGUUUGAACGCAUACGAGAUGGUGAUAGAUUCUGGUUUGAAAACACCAAGAAUGGAAUGUUUACGGCUAGUGAAAUUAAGGAAAUUAAUAACAUCAAAUAUGCCAAUGUGUUGCUAGUGACAACAAUUGCAGAGCCUCAGGAUAUUCAGAGUGAUGUUUUCUUCUGGAAAGAUGGUGACCCAUGUGCUCAACCAAAGCAGUUGACAGAGAGUGACAUGGAGCCAUGUGUAAAAGUCAGCACAACGUAUUAUUUUGAUGGCAGUGGAGCAGGCUUUGGGAUACUUAUUGUGGCACUCUGUUGUUUCCCUUUGGCGGCACUGCUAUUAGCUUUCAUGGUAGCUGGCAUUCGAAAGAAAGAAAAGAGAAAAUUACAGAAAAAAAAGGUUUCCUUGAAGAAGUCAUCUAAUUCAGCAGUGAAUAUGAGAGUCUUUGAAUGGCAAGGUCCGAAAGUACCAAACCGACCUAUCAGCAUUAGCUUUGAAGCCACCAAAUGCAUUAAGGUCAUGGACGGCAAAGGUGCUCUGAUCCGAUUCAUCAAUCUCUGUAAUGGUGACUCCGCAGAUAUUAUUCAAUCCACCAACAAUGGGGAGAAAGCUUUGCUAUUGAAGGUUCCUAAGGAAUAUGAUUUGGUGUUGAUGUUUUCUGGGGAAGAAGAUCGUGCUAGUUUUAUGGAAGAUUUGAAAGCACACCUCCAAAAUCACGGCAUAAGUCCUCUGAUUCAUGAAGUGAAAGAACAGACGCUUUUGAAAGAAGCGGUGACAAAGCAGCAGCGGAUUAAGAUCUUAGAUACCUUUUUCCGGCGUGUAUUUGCACAGGUUCUGGAGAUUGAUGGCUCAGAUGCUGGUGACUUUGAUAUUGAAAGUUCAAAGAAAGCUAAAGAGUCCCUGAAGUGCGAGCUGACUACAGCGGAGUUUGCAGAUGCACUGGGGCUAAAGGAAAACUCUAUGUUUGUUCAGCAGAUGUUUUCUUUAGCUGACAAGGAUGGAAAUGGCUACCUAUCUUUCCGGGAGUUUCUGGACAUCUUUGUCAUCUUGAUGAAAGGUUCUCCUGAGGAGAAAUCAAAGCUCAUGUUUGCAAUGUAUGAUGUAGAUGGGAGUGGUUCCAUGUCAAAGGAAGAGUUCUCGCACCUGCUGAGGUCUUUCAUCGAGAUCUCGCAUGACUGCUUGCCAAAGGAACAGAUAGAGAAUAUGAUGAAUUCAAUGUUCAAACAUGCAGGAUUUGAAGAUAAAGAGGAGAUUAUGUGGGAAGAUUUCCAUUGCCUGUUCCGUGACCACUACCAAGAGAUGGAACUUUCUCAGCCUGCUCCGAAAGGUCCUGAAGGAAAGAAACUUGACAAAGCAAACCGCGUUUCUUUCAUAAUAAAGAAAAAGAAUGAAGCAUCAAAGAACACAGAAAACCAACAAGAAACAAGCCCAGCUGAAACCUUGAACCCGGACCACUUUGUCAUGGAUCUGCGUAAACGAUUUGGCAAAAAAUCUUCUCAAGUCAUGAGUAAAGUCUUUGCAGAACCAAAACGGGAAAAGUAUACCAAAAAUAAAUUUCAUCAGAAAUAUCAGGAAUAUAGACAAUAUAUUCAAAAUCAUCAACGUCAAAUAUUUUGUGUGAUCAUCUUUUUUGGAAUUACUGCGGGUGUCUUUGUUGAACGUGCCUAUUACUAUGCGAUGUUGAGAGAACAUUCAGGAGUGCCCCAGACCACAAGAGUUGGUCUCAUUAUUGCCCGUGGAUCAGCAGCUGCAGUCUCCUUCUUGUAUUCGUACAUCCUUCUCACCAUGUGCCGGAACCUCAUCACAGUCCUACGCGAAACAUUCCUCAAUCACUACAUUCCCUUUGAUUCAGCCGUGGAUUUCCAUCGUUGGGUUGCGAUGACUGCUGCCUUUUUCUCAGUACUCCACAGUGCAGCUCAUGCAGUCAAUAUCUACAGUUUCUCAGCCAACCCACUGAGCGUACUAGCCUGCCUAUUUCCUGAGGCACUCUAUGAUGACGGGUCUGAAAUUCCCUUGAAGUUUUACUGGUGGUUCUUUCAAAAUAUCACAGGGAUGACCGGAGUGCUUCUCCUCUUUUUCUUCUCAAUUUUGCACGUCUUUGCCCUGCAUUAUUUUCGGCGCAUUAGCUUCAGAGCAUUCUGGGUGUCCCACCAUCUCUACAUAGCGAUAUACAUCUUGAUCCUUUUACACGGCAGUGCUGCUCUUCUUCAGCCACAACGAUUCCACGUGUAUUUCAUCAUCCCCACCCUCAUUUUUGUUGGAGACAAGUUUGUAAGCUACAGCAGGAAGAAGAUUGAGAUUUCAGUCGUCAAAGCCGAGCUUCUGCCGUCAGGGGUCACUAAUCUUGAAUUUAAACGUCCGAAAGAUUUUGAAUAUAAGUCUGGUCAGUGGGUACGCAUUGCAAGCCUUGUUCUGGGAACAAAUGAGUACCAUCCUUUCACCCUGACUUCAGCACCGCAUGAAGACACCCUCAGCCUUCACAUCCGGGCAGUAGGACCAUGGACAAUUCGAUUACGGGAAAUCUACUCUCUGGAAAAUAUAUCGCUUCUCGGUAGAUACCCAAAGAUCUACCUGGAUGGGCCAUUUGGUGAGGGCCACCAAGAAUGGAACAAGUUUGAGGUGUCUGUUCUGGUAGGAGGAGGGAUUGGUGUGACACCGUUUGCAUCUAUCCUCAAAGACCUUGUCUUCAAGUCAACCACCAACAGCAAAAUAUUAUGUAAGAAGAUCUACUUCAUCUGGGUGACUCGGACACAGAGGCAGUUUGAGUGGCUGGCGGACAUCAUCCGUGAAGUUGAAGAAGCUGAUAAAAAUUCCCUGGUGACCGUCCAUAUCUACAUCACACAGCUGGCAGAGAAGUUUGACCUGAGGACCACCAUGCUCUACAUUUGCGAACGUCACUUCCAGAAAGUGUCAAACCGUAGCUUGUUCACUGGACUUCGCUCCGUAACUCACUUUGGACGUCCCCAAUUUGUCCCUUUCUUCCGUUCUCUGAUGGAGGUGCACCCAGAGGUUAUGAAGAUUGGGGUCUUCAGUUGUGGACCUCCGGGUAUGACUACAAAUGUGGAAAAGGCCUGCAAGGACAUGAACAAGAGGAGUAAGAUCCAAUUUAACCAUCACUAUGAGAACUUCUAACCUCACCCAUUAAUAGGGGAAUAACAGCACCCCCACCCCACCCCCCCGCCACCACACACAAUUCAAAAUGUUCGAUUUUGUGCAAUUUACUUGCAGUGAAGGAAUAUUUUUUGAAUCAUGAAAAUGUUUGACUCUUUAUCUCCCGUUAUAUGCACAUAAAAGUGUACUUGUUAUUUAUCUUUGUGCCUAACCUCGUUGCGUGAUCUGUAAAUCUGUUUUGAUUCUCUGGCAAGCUAAUUUUUCAUUUGUAAGGAUUUAUAGCAAAAAAAUGUCUCUAAUGAUCUAGAUUUUGCUGAAGGUGUGCCAUCUGAAUCAAAUGUGUGGUUAUUAAUGUUUUUAUUAAUUAUUAAUAUUAAUCAGCCAGUGCUUGUGUAAAGGAAGAGAUUCCUUAUGACUUUGAGGCUGAUGAUGAUAAUGUCUCUGUGAUACUGGUCCACAUUAGUGCUCUGAGGACACGAGUUCGAAUCACCCAUGACUGACAGUGGAUUUACAUUCAAAUAAAUAAAUGUCCGGAAUUGAAAGUCUCAAGACCAUAAAACUUCUGCAAACUGGUUGGCACGCUACUCACUGGAGUUAGAUGAAUGAGUGGUGAUCUCUUUGAAACAUAUAGGAUUUUUAAAGGGCUCGACAGGGUAAAUGGUGAGAGGAUAUUUCCCCUCAUGUAGGAGUCUACGACCAGAAGGCAUAGUCUCAGAGUAAAGGGGUGCCAAUUUAAGAUUGACAUAAGGAGGGAUUUCUUCUCUUAAAUGGUUGAGAAUCUUUGGAACACACAGCAGUGGGGACAGAGUCCUUGUGCCUAUUUAAGGCUGAGAUAGAUUUUGGUCAAUAGGUGAAUUAAGGUUUAUGGGAAAAAGGUAGGAAAGUGGAUAUGAGUAAUGUCAGAUCAGCCGUGAUCCUACUGAAUGUAGGAGCAGGCUCGAGAGGCCAAAUUAUUGUUCCAAUUUCUAAUGGUUUUGAUUGUCGUGAAAAUCCAUCUGGUUCUCUAAUGUCCUUCAGGAAAGGAAAUCUGCCAUCCCUAUCUAGUCUGGUCUUCACAUGACUCCAGACCCACAGCAAUAGGCUUGACUCUUAACUGAUCUCUGAAAGGGCCUUCCAAACUACUUAGUUUGAGAGCAACUGGGGAAAGGCACUGGCCUUGCUGGUGAUGCCCAUAUCCCAUCAAAAUGUCUUUUUUAAAGCAUGAAUCACCACAAAUUGCUACACAAGGUCUGGAUUUAAAUGCAACUUGUUUGUCUCUGAUUUCUUUUUUAGCAUGAAUUAAUUUGGACAGCUUAGUGCUGUUCCCUCUCAUGCUCCAGAGUCCAUAUCCCACUCUAUAACUCUGCCCAAUGUGACACAACAUGUCCAUUGAGUCUGUAUCCUUGUGAUUUCUGUAAGCUUUGCUCAGUUUUUUAGUAAAAUACCCUAAGUCCAAACGAACUGGAAUGAAGUGGUCAUUUCAGUUUAGUUUCAUCCUGAGGAAUAUGUUCUCCGUUUUGUAUCAAAACUGCAUGCUCUCUCAAAUGGACCAUUAACUUGAAACUUUAAAAGCAGGUAACCACUGAAGGAAGUAACUUUCAGUUUUAAUUUUAUAAUCUCGAAACAAAUACUAAAAAGGCAGCAGUUGUUUUCUGGAAAGGAAAGUGGCAGAAGGAAAUGGAAAAUUAUGUGCUUCAUACAUCAAUUGUCUUUUGAAAUGAAAGAUAAGUUUACGGUAAUAUGAUCCUAUCAAGGAACUAAACCCAAAGAAGGAAAUGAUAUUCUUAAUUUAAAGCAGAAUAACUAAAAUAAUCUGGGAGCAGUGCUUCCAAAAAUGAAUUAUCUUUGCUAUUUUACUGAUGUUGCUUAAGCCAAAUUGUUGGAUAAUUCAUUGUUUAUUGAACAAUACGUAACUUUUAAGUACAGGCAAUUACUUCAAAUUGCCAAGAGAAUUAAAAAAAUGUUCAACACCAUCUGGGACAAAUCAACCUACUUAAUCAACACCCAUUUCCCCACUUAAGCAUUCACUUCCACUACCUCUGAAAGAGCAGUGUUUACCAUCCCAAGAUGCAUUGCAGCUAUUCACUAAGGUUCAGUCGAUAUCAUCUUCCAAACUUGUGACCUCCUCUUCUUCUUAGAAUCGUAGAAUCCCUACAGUGUGGAAACAGGCCCUUCAGCCCAACAAGUCCACACCAAACCUCAAAACAUUCCACCCAGACCCAUCCCCCUAUAACCCAUACACCCCCGGCCACUAUGACCUCUGACAUCUAGAAGGACAAGGGCAGCAGACGCAUGAGCACACCACCACUUGGAAGUUCCACCCCCUCCACCACUACCACCGCCAACCGACACACCAUCCUGACCUGAAAAUAGUGAAAGAACCAUAUAAACUGAAUGUUGGGUCCGCAGAAGUGAAAAGAUUAUUACAGCUAAAUUUCUUGGAUAUUCUGAAAUCUGGAAAUUUUACAAACAAGGAGCCAAUAUAAAGGAGGUGGUGGUGGUGUACAGUGACUGCUGUGACUGUGUAUCCACUGCUGACUGUUAUAAAAGCAGUUCUCCUGACAAUCUGAACCACACAGACCAGGGAAGUGUUGGUUCGCAUUCAAAGUCCCAUCUAGACCAAUCAAAGAUUCUAGACUUCAGGUACCCAUGAGUUCAGAAAGGAGACUGGCCAGCUAUUGUCUGACAGCCAAAUCUAAUUAAACUUUGGCUGGCCAAACCUUUUGUUGAUGGCUUAUCCCAUCAUAAACUCGAUUCCAAACAUUUGCCUGGUAGUAUACAAUUCGAGUAUUGCUGAAAAGGGAAACUUGUUGCUGAUCACUUCUCAUCUUGUACUCACCAGGACAUGCCUCCCUUUUCAGCAGUACUCAAACUACAUUCCCUCAACUUUGAUUCAACCCUUGUCUUUAGUCACAGUCUGUUCACAAUCCUAUCUGACCAUCAGCUCAGUUUCUAAUGUUAUAGUCCAUAGUGCCUGCCCCUACUAUCACCCAUUUUCAUUUCUGUAUGAGCCAAUCUGAAACCCUCACCCAUCCCUUCGUUAGCCCCUGACUUUAAUAUUCCAAUUUUGCUCAAAGUCCCAUCCAUAUCUGUUCUAGUUUCAGAUACCCGCGCUGCCACCAUGUGGCAUCCUGCUUUGGAUGUCUCACUGCCACCAAUCCUCUCUUUAUUCUGUGCCGAGUCUGGGGCCUGUCUAAUUAUCUAUGGGAGAGGAGAGACCACAGGUGAGACUAAUGUUUCUGCCCAGUUCCACACACAGGCUCUUUUGCAUAUUGGACAAAUAUGAUUACCACUACACUAUAGAAGCUUCCCCAGUAAGUAUUUUACAAUUUUACCGUUUCCAGUUUCCCAUUAGUGUAAAAUUAGUUUCCAACCAAGACUGAGUUAGGUAAAGCUCCAUUUCUCUUCACACUACACUGCUGAAGCGCAGCACCACUGGUGUGUCAAGACAGAUGAGGCACUUGACUUGCAUAACUAAGGUAGUUUAUUAAUAUGUUAAGCAUAAUUGCAAUGAAGGGGCUCUGAAAGCUUCUGUUUUUAAAUAAACUUAUUGGACUGCAACCUGGUGCUGUGUCACUCCUGACUUUUUCCGCCCCAGUCCAACGCCAGCACCUCCACACCAGGACUACAAUUGAAUGAUUAACUGAGCUCAGUUAUGGUUUGUUUCUGCCACCAUGUGGUUACAGUUUGCUAUUACAUCAAAAUAAAUGCUGAUGCAGUUCUCCCAUUUUUAACAUCAAAUGUUUUGUGUUUUUUCCAUGAAUUCUCUUUCUCCUUUGCUCAUCCUAAUACUUCUAGAAAGAGAGGGGGAUACACAGCGAGAGAUUAAAGAAAAUGAGCAUAGACCCAACAACUUAGUACAGCUGGGUAGAGAAUUUAGUAAGUAGGAUAUGGGUUGAUGGACAUCAAUUCAAAGUUUGAAAACGUUGUGCAACAAAUACCUUUUCACAACGGUAAUAAGAAUUAUGGAAUCAAUUUAGGAGAGUCUUACUUCCCUUCUAUGCUACUCAUUCAGUUAAAUCAGAACAGGGAUUUCCAUAAUAAUCAAAUGAAAUCCUCUAGAUUUUACAUUGUUAAAAUUUGCACUUUUAUUACGGCAAGGUUCCACAAACCAUCAUAAAAUCUUAAUAGACCACCAAAAAUACCAAUUUGCCUAACUGACUGCUGUUCAGGCCAAAAACAAUUCAAACCAGGUUUUGUCAUUAACAGGAAAUAACUCUAAUUAAUGUACCAGAAUUAAUUAUUAACAGAAUUUGUCUGUAAAUUAUCAUUCAAUAAGUGUAGCUGUUUGGCUAUUGUUUGACUAGUCUAUGAGUCAACUCUCCCAAUUUUGGCACUCGCUCCCAGAUGGUAGAACCCUGCUCAGGCCGCAAGAGAUUCACAUGACAGUCAGAGUCAGAUUCACUCAUUAGCUUAAGCCUCUGGCGUUAACAGCAGCAACACCAGGACGAGCUGUAAAUGGCUGCAAGCUAGGCCAGGGUCUUCACGUGAGCGAGGAAUAGGUCCCAGGCUGACUCUCUAGGCAUGUACUCACAGGCUAGGCCAACGCUGCAGGUCAGCAGCAAGGCCCAGGUGCCUGAUGGAGGAGAAAGGCGGUCCUAGCCUGGCCUUGUGGUCUCCCUGUGUGUCAGCCUCCAUAGUGCGGCAGUCUGGUCCCAGCGUGUGGAGGUCUUGUCCAGGCAUUCCAGCUGACCAGCAGGUAGUCUCGUCCAGGAGUGACAGUGUCGGCCUGGCAUGGCAGUCUUUUUCAGUGGAAGUUUCUGGCCCAGAAUUCCAGCAGUGGCAGCCUCAUCCUGGCUGUGUCUUCAGCAAAUUCCAUCAUUCCUAAAUUGGCUUUCCUGACCCCGGAGCCAUUAACUGAACUGUGAUGUAUUUUGUCUUAAUAUUCUUUUAAGUAUGAUUUCUGUCAUUGAUGUAGGUGUUGUGGUGGGGGUGACUUAUGAAAUCUAAAUGUAUUUUUCAUGUAAAAGUACAUCUGACAAUAAAUUCUUCUUUUCUAACAAA